CACACCUCGCAAACAAAAUCUAGAGUGAGAGAGAGAGAGAGAUCGAAAUUUUUUCCCAUCAAAAGAAUUUAAUUAAUUUCGACUCCAAGAUCGAUCGAUCGGUCAGUUAUAUCGAAAUUGACUGGGUUUUGAAACCCAGUAUCGAAAAUGGUAUUCCCGGUGCUAUAUCCGAAGAUAGUUAUGGAUUGGUUGCUUUCGCGGAACAACACACCAGCCAAGAGGAUGAAGCGACAGGGUUCCUUCCACAGGACCGCCUCGAGGUCGCAUCUAGCCCCGUCUCCGUACCCCAGCGUGGCCAAGUGCUCGCCGGAGGGGAGAGAGUCGCAGUCCUUCGUCUGCGACUUCCAAACCGCCCUCCUGAGAUCCCAAUCCCUGUUCCCUUACUUCAUGCUCGUUGCGUUCGAAGGAGGGAGUCUGCUGAGGGCUUUGCUCCUCCUGCUGGCCUAUCCUCUGAUCCUGGUCCUCGGCCCCGACGAAGGGAUUAGCAUUAAAAUUAUGGUCUUCAUUAGCUUCUGCGGGCUAAGGGUGAAAGACGCGGAGAUCGUGAGCAGGGCGGUUUUGCCCAAGUUCUACCUGGAGAACAUGAACGUUUAUUCGUACGAGGUGCUGGCUUCAACGAAGAAGAGGGUCGUGGUGAGCAGGAUGCCGAGGGUGAUGAUCGGAGCGUUCUUGGAGGAGUACUUGGGAGUGGGUGAAGUCGUGGGUGCGGAGCUUCAGGUGCUCGGAGAUUUGUUUCUUGCCACGGAGCCGGCUUGGUCUCUUCGGAACAAGGCCGUUAAGGAGCUGUUCGGCGAGAGCAAGGCUGAUGUCGCUUUGGUGAGCUACUGCAGUCCACAAGAUAACCUCUUCAUCUCAUACUGCAAGGAACCGUACAUCGUCACCAAAGAAGCCAGCGGUCCUUCAUCAGUAAUGCCAAGAAGCAAAUACCCAAAACCCUUAAUUUUCCAUGAUGGCAGGCUCGCGUUUCUCCCAACUCCGUUAUCAUCUCUCUUCCUCUUCCUCUACCUCCCCUUUGGCCUAACCCUAGCCAUAGCCAGAGUCCUCAUUGGCACCAUCCUCCCCUAUAACCUAGCCAUAGCCCUCGGUCCCUUUUCAGGGUUCAAACUCCACGUCCACAACCCCCCAACCAAAAACCCUAACCCUAACCCUAAAGGAGUCCUAUACGUCUGCAACCAUAGAACCCUACUUGACCCCCUCAUGUUAACCGCAGCGUUGGGUAGACCUCUGACUGCGGUCACGUAUAGUCUGAGCCCGGUGUCUGAAAUACUGUCGCCGAUCAGAACGGUCAGGCUCACGAGAAACCGAGCUGUUGACGCACGUAAAUUGCAGAAGCUGCUCAGUGAAGGGGAUGUUGUUAUUUGCCCCGAGGGGACUACUUGUCGCGAGCCAUAUUUACUUAGGUUUAGCGCGUUGUUCGCCGAGCUGACCGACAAUAUGGUGCCAUGCGCGGUUGAUGCUAGGAUUAGCAUGUUCUACGGGACGACUGCUAGCGGGUUCAAAUGGCUUGACCCGAUAUUCUUCUUGAUGAACCCGAGACCCGUUUACGAGAUAAGGUUUUUAGGGCUGUUGCCGAAGGAGAUGAGCUGUGGUGGGGGGUUGAAGGGGGUGGAUGUGGCCAAUGGGAUACAGAGGAUGUUGGGGGAGGAGUUAGGGUUUGAGUGUACUUCGUUGACAAGGAAGGAUAAGUAUUUGAUGUUGGCUGGGAAUGAAGGGAUUGUUGAUGAGAGGAGGAAUAAGAGACACUAAUUGAUGGUUAAUGUUGUUGUAGAGAAUUAUUGCAUGGAUUUGAUUGUAAUUUUUUUCCUCUUUUUUUUGGAUUAUAGUUAUUGGAAUUGUUAUGGCGGUGAUUGAAUAAUUGUUUGUUUGUAAACCUUUUGUUUUUUUGAGGAAGCAUUGGUUGUAAUUGUUUGUACAUUGUAAUAUUAUUAUUUUAUUGUUGAA